AUGGAAGCCUCACCAGAAGUGCCGCGUCGUACGCGCGCUGCUUUAGCCGAGAUACCAGCGAGGCUCGAUCGGUUAAGAGUAACACCUCUCCGACCUGUCACCAACACGAGAGAGGCUUCGCCCUUGUUGCCUCCGGGUUACUUGAGCCCUGCACCAUCGCCUGACGAGUUCCUCAUUCAGCAGAGAGGUCGUAAACGUCUCCCAGCUACAUGGUCUCCAGAUAUCGAUCUGAAGCGUAAUUCAACUUUCCACUCAGUAAUACGCACUCCUCCCAAGAAUACCGGUAGGAACACUCCUCCAAAACUUGGAGUAACAUUGCGUUCUACACCAAGGAAACGUCUUUUACUGGGUGAUAACGAACGAGUACCUCUAACUCCUGAGAAAAUUGACUUCAGCGACAUCAGUACACCACAGAAAUUCAAAAUUACGAGCCCUUUCAAAGAUUCACCUCCCAUUAAAAGAUCCCGUCUUGAAAGAACUUUUGAUGGAGAGUUCAAAGGACCAUUGGACUCCGCAUUGAAAGGCCUCAGUCCCACUCAACUGAUACACAUGAUCAAAAGAAUUACACACAAACACCCUGAAGUAGAGAAGGAGAUUCGUUCAGAUAUGCCAGUUCCAGAUCUCACGCCAUUGGAGGAGAAAUUGAGUUAUCUGAAAUCAAAUAUCUUUAAAAGUCUGCCAACAUCUCGUUUGACAUCCAAAACCGAUUCACCGGCCUACUCAAGAGUUGCGACCCAUUUGACAGCAUUCAAGAAAUGCCUCGUUGAUCAAGGCAAGGUUCUCGUUGAAUCCCAACAUUGGGAAUCCGUCAUUAAAUAUGUUUUCCUUGCCUGGAACUAUGUACGAGCCACACCUCUAUGGGAUAAUCAGCCCCACAAUGCACAACGGAAACAGUGCUUUAAAACUCUUAUCAAUUUUUGUAUGACUGCACUGAAGAAAGGUAGUUUUGAUAAGGAUUAUAUGAUUGACAUUCACGAUAAGCUUCAAGGGAUAGAAUCUGACAGCGAAGAUGUCCAGUCAUGCCUUAAAUAUAUCAACGGACAAUUACAGGGUGUUCUGUAA